GUCUGUCAGAUAACCUUUUCUCUGUCUGAUACUGCUGAGAAAAACAAACAAACACCUGCCCUCUUCUUAUGAAGCUGGUGUAUUGAACAUGACACGAUGAUGUGGACAUCCACAUAAGGAACGCCACGGCACAUAAUUAUUUAAACAUUUGAAAUGAGUGAAAGGAUUGUAAGCUUGUUGCUGGCCUCUUUAUUCAGUUGCUUUGCGGCUGAAUAAAAAGUGACAGAUUGACGUCAUUGAGACAGACGCAGAGCGAGCCCCAGCGAAAGAAGCAACCGAGCAGCGGCAGAGCAUCUUCUCUAGCUACAGAGUAGCCUACCUUGCAAACAACAUCCGUAGCCAAGAAUCUCUGAGCAUCCCCGGAAAAUAACGAUAAACCAGAUAAAUAACAUGGCCACCUCCUCCUCCCCUAAUCUGGAAGAAGACGAGAGUCUGAAGGGCUGUGAAGUGUUCGUGCAGAAGCACAACAUCCAGCAGAUCCUCAAAGAGUGCAUUGUCAACCUGUGCAUCGCCAAGCCUGAGCGUCCUAUGAAAUUCCUGCGGGAGCACUUUGAAAAGCUGGAGAAGGAAGAGUCCCAGCAGAUCCUGGCCCGCCAGAAGUCCAACUCUCAGUCGGACAGCCAUGAUGACGAGGUGUCCCCCCCGCUGCCCAACCCAGUGGUCAAGGCCCGCCGCCGCCGGGGAGGGGUCAGUGCUGAAGUCUACACUGAAGAGGACGCCGUCAGCUACGUCCGCAAGGUGAUUCCUAAAGACUACAAGACCAUGACUGCUCUGGCCAAGGCCAUCUCCAAGAACGUGCUGUUUGCUCACCUCGACGACAACGAAAGGAGUGACAUAUUUGAUGCCAUGUUCCCUGUCAUGCACAUUGCGGGAGAGACAGUUAUUCAGCAAGGUGAUGAAGGAGACAACUUCUAUGUGAUUGACCAAGGAGAAGUGGAUGUAUAUGUGAACGGAGAGUGGGUGACCAGUAUUGGGGAGGGGGGCAGCUUUGGGGAGCUGGCCCUGAUCUACGGGACCCCCCGAGCCGCCACCGUCAAGGCCAAGACUGACAUGAAGCUGUGGGGCAUCGACCGGGACAGCUACCGACGCAUCCUCAUGGGUAGCACACUGAGGAAGAGGAAGAUGUACGAAGAGUUCCUGAGCAAGGUCUCCAUCAUCGAGUCUCUGGACAAGUGGGAGCGUCUGACUGUAGCUGAUUCUCUGGAGCCAGUCCAGUUUGAGGACGGGGAGAAGAUCGUGGUACAGGGAGACCCCGGAGAUGACUUCUUCAUCAUCACAGAGGUACAGCAGUGUGUGUUGCAGCGUAGAUCUGACAAUGAGGAGUACGUCGAGGUUGGUCGUCUGGGGCCAUCCGACUACUUUGGUGAGAUCGCCCUGCUGCUGAACAGGCCGCGGGCGGCCACAGUGGUGGCCCGGGGACCCCUGAAGUGUGUGAAGCUGGACCGGCCCCGCUUCGAACGGGUCCUGGGGGCCCUGCUCGAGAUCCUAAAGAGGAACAUCCAGAGAUACAACAGCUUCAUCUCUCUCACCGUGUGAGGGGCCACCGGAGGCCAAAUGGGGAGGGAAAGGUGCGGAUGGGUGGGGCAGGGGGGUUCCGGUGACAGGGCUUCUUCCUGCCUUUUUUUUCAUUUGGCUCUGUUCUUCUAAUUCUGAUCUUCUUCUUCUCCUUCACUUUGACCUGUCCUGUCUCUGUAGCUUUAUUUAAAUGAACAAGGAAACAUGUGGGAUGAAUGUGGCGAGGACGGACAGACAGUGUGGAUGUACUUUAAAUGGCUCAUAUGUUACAGGCGUCAUAUAUGUUUACUGAAUACGAUACAUGCUUGGAGAACGCAAUGAAUGGAGGUAGAUUACACUUGUAUGUAUUUUAUGAGGUAAACUAUAACAGGGGAGGGGUGGGGUAAUUCAGGAAGGGAAGUCAUGAAU